UGUCAAAAGUUUUGAUGGUGCACUUUCAUCCUUAAAAUCGAAUGUGUGUGGUACUGCUGAUGACCUGUCAGUCACUUACACAGAAAUGAGAGGACAUCUCUACAUGCAUGCAGGCACGUUACUUCUGAAGAUGGCACAAGAAAAUAUAGUUCACUGGAAAUCUGUUACAGACUUGGCUGCUUUGUGUUACAUUGCAGCUUUUCAGGUUCCAAACUUGAAAACAAAGUCCAUCAAAGAUGAAUCAAGUCAGCGGCUGCUAGAGAUGUUGGCAUGUAAUCGAAGAAGCCAGUCAGGGCAUAUGCUGCUUAACUUGAGUCAUGGGAAGCCUAAGUUCCUUGAUGAAGUUGUAGAGACAUUUGGCAACAUCAGUGGUCAGAAGGCUUUAACAGAAACUUUGUAUGGCAUGCAGGUGGCAUCAGAGGAUUGUUUUCUUGGUUCUGAUGACAUUAAAAAUAUUAGCACGGAGAUGCCUGAUCUGGAAGAACUGGCUCAUUGUGACGAUGGUGCUGUGAGGUUGCAUAAUGGAAGUUUGCAGCACUUGACGUGGCUUGGUUUGCAGUGGUAUUUCAUGUCAAAAUCUCCUGUUGUCAGAAACUGGUUAAAGCUGCUAUUUCCCAGACUACCCCAGGAAACCGCAAGACUUUCUACAGAUGCUCCAGAAUCUAUUUGCAUCUUGGAUUUGGAGGUUUUUCUUCUUGGAGUAAUAUUUACUAGCUACUCACAGUUGCAAGAUAAACGCAAUAUUCAUUACAGUUCGCACCAACCUCGGUGCUUGCCACUUUCAGUCAGCAAACUACUCUGUACUGAAAAACAACAGUCCUGGUGGGAUGCAGUUUAUAAUCUUAUUCACAAGAAAGCUCAAGCCGGAACAUCUGCAAAGUUAAGACUAGUAGUGCAACAUGGCCUUGGUACUCUCAGAGCUUUAGAAAAACAUGGACUGCAACCAGCCCUUAUAAUGCACUGGGCAAGAACCCUUAUCAAAACCGGAAACAGCCUGAAUUCGUUUUAUGAUCAAAAAGAGUACAUAGGACGAAGUGUGUAUUACUGGAAGAAAGCUUUACCUAUGUUGGAGAGCAUUAGAAACAAAAGAAGUAUACCAGAACCUGUUGAUCCAUUGUUUAAGCACUUUCACAGCAGGGAUAUUCAGGUUGGUGAAGUUAAAUGUUUUGAGGAAGAAGCAUAUGUAGCUUUUGCUACACUGGAUUUGGUUGAUGGAAAGACUGAAGAUGCUAUUGCAGCCUUUGAGACAGUCAAGAACAUCUGUGCAUAUUGGCAUUUGGCAGAAAUAUUUCAGAGAAAAGCAGAAAAUACUGAGCAUGGUGAUGAUGUGGCAGAAGAGCAGAAUGACUAUAAAUUUUACUUAUGCAAAUGUAGAGAGUACUUGGAGAAGAUUCUUGAUGAAAUUGAUGGAAAUGUUGCAGAAAUUGACAGAUUGCCAGUACCUAUAGAUACUGUCAGAGAUGCCCUGGAUUUAGUGAUGGAAGAACUUGGUGAAAAUGAAGCUAUUGAAAAUGGUGAAGUACGUUCUUACAGGAAUGAAGCUGUUCCACUUUUAGACAUUGUUGGGCAAAAAAUAAAGCAUUCUACUCCUUCUCCAACCAAGCUGAGCUCUUCACCAAGUAAAAGUUACAAGUUUUCUCCAAAAACGCCACCCAGAUGGGCUGAAGAUCAGAGGUCUUUAUUGGAGAUGCUUUGCAAGCAAGUAGAAGAUCUUAAGAAUGAAGUGCAAGAGCUGAAGCUUAAUGGCUCCGGUGCCACCACAUCUCCACAUCAGAAUCGAUGGCAUUCUGAUAGCUAUGUUGGAGAUUCCCUUGCAGAAAACUUCCAGACAUCUGAAGGCUUUCACAGAGCCCCUCUAACAGUUGCUACAUCAGGAACCUCUGGGUACUAUAAUCAGAGUCCAGCAUACAACUCUUAUCUGCUUCAAACAGCUCCAACUGUUACACCAACUAAGACUCCAAGCUAUAGUAUGAACAGACUUGCACCCCAGCAGCGUAUGUAUGCAUACCAACAGCAAAUUCACACACCGCCUCUCCAGAGUACAUCAUACCCACCGGAAGUGUAUGGAGCUCCUUUACGUUUUGAGUCUCCCGCAGCUAGCUUAUUGUCUCCGUAUAAUGAAGAGUACUACAACCCUGCUAUUCAACAGACUAGUACAAAUCCACCAUUACCUGAGCCAGGGUAUUUUACAAAACCAUCAGUGGGUGCUCCUGUUUCUAAAACUUCAGAAACAAAGAUUAUGGAUUUUGGAAGACUUAAUUUUGGCCAGCAGACUCAAAGUGAAGUAUCAAAGCCAUCAUCCUUAACAGGACAUGUUCAGCCUUCAGGAGCAACAUUUAAAUUUAGUUCUAAUUUUAAAUCCAAUGAUGGCGACUUCACAUUUACUUCUCCUCAAAUAAAAUCUCAAACUUCGAGUUCUGCAUUUGGUGGUAGUGACAGCCUUCUGGGGCUUCUCACUUCAGAUAAGCCAUUCCAGCCUGAUGUACCUGGUCAUAAGUCUUUUACCCAAGAACAGACUACUGGUCAAGGGAGUAUUUUCAACUUUGGAACCAGUACCAGUUCGGGGCAUUCAUUCUCCGAUUUUAAUGUUCAGAAUCAGGACAAGAAUGUUUAUUUUGGUACCAGUGAUCAAACAUUUGGUUUUAAAGGUGCAGAUAAGCAGUAUUCAAAUGUAAAUACUGAGCAGGAACAUAAGGAGGGAGAAAGUGAUGGGGAAAGUACUCAUGGUGAGAAUGAAGAUGAAGGCCCACACUUUGAGCCUGUAGUGCCACUUCCAGAUAAGGUAGAAGUCAAAACAGGGGAAGAGGAAGAAGAGGAGCUGUACUGUAACAGAGCAAAGCUUUUCAGAUUUGAUGCAGACACUAAAGAGUGGAAAGAAAGGGGCAUUGGAAAUGUCAAAAUACUUAGACAUAGGACAUCUGGCAAAGUCCGCCUCUUGAUGAGGCGUGAGCAGAUACUAAAAAUUUGUGCAAAUCACUAUAUAACUCCAGACAUGAAACUAAUACCAAAUGCUGCAUCUGACAAGUCACUGCUGUGGCAUGCUGUUGAUUAUGCAGAUGAAAUGGCCAAACCUGAACAGCUUGCUAUCAGAUUCAAAACAGCAGAUGAAGCUAAGCUGUUCAAAAAUAAAUUUGAAGAAGCUCAGAAGCUUUCUGAAAAGCUAGUUGUCUUUGAGUCCUCACAAAAGAGUUUCUUAACUGCAGAGGAGAAGCUAGUUACAGAUUCUUCUGAGCAGAAAGUUGGAGAUGCUGGGUUUGGUUUACAGGGUGCUAAAAAGGAAGGCAUGUGGAAAUGUAGUACAUGUUCUGCAGUGUAUGAAUCUUCUGUAACUGUUUGUUCAUCAUGUAGCACUCCAGAUCACAGUACUAAGCUCUGUGGUGUGGAAAAAAGUUCAUUUGUUGCACCUAGUUCUAUAAAGUCUCCUGAAUUUAAGUUUUCACUUGGGAAAGAAGUCAGCACAAGUACUUGCAACACAUUAGAGAAAGCAUUUGGAAAGAAAGAAGGUCAGUGGGACUGUAACGUUUGUCUUGUGAGAAAUGAAUCAAAUACUGCUAAAUGUUUAGCAUGCCAAAAUCCCAAUCCACUUAAAGGAAAUGUUUCUAAUUUUGCACCUGUGGCCCAAACUAGUUCUGCUUUCAAAUUUGAGAUUCCGAAUGAGGCUUCAAAAAAUGCUGACCAGGUUGGUUUUGGGGCACAAUUUGCAAAAAAAGAUGGCCAGUGGGAUUGUGAUGCAUGUUUAGUAAGAAAUGAAGUGACAUAUUCAAAAUGUGUGAGCUGUGGGAAUCCAAAUCCAGCUAAUAGAGCUAGUGUUCUUGUUCCACCUUCAACUUCAUUCAACUUUAGUUCUGAUAGUUUAAUUAAAAGCAAGGAGGUCAAAUUUGCUACACCUGGAACUGAAAGAGAGGGAUUUGUUGAUGGAAAUAAAGGAGCGACACAAAAUGUACCUGCAAGCUUGCUGGAUUCACGCAGUAGUAGUGGUGCUGCUUUAUCAUUUGGACAGUCUACCACUGCUUUUCCUUUUAGUAGUUCUGCAGAAUCCUCUAAGAUUCCUCCACAAGAUGGUAGCCUCCGUUCAUUAUUUCCUAAGCAGGAAGGUCAGUGGGAAUGUCCAACAUGUUUAGUGACAAACAUGGGUUCAACACCUGUCUGUCUUUGUUGCCAAACUUCCAAUCCAAAUUGUAAGCAACCAGCUGGGACAUCAAUAUUGCAGCCAUCUGGUUUUACAUUUGGUCUUGGAAAAACCUCUCCUUCAAAAUCUACUGUAGGAGAGGGUGGAAAGGCUGGAGAGACAUUUCAGUUCAAAUUUCCUGCUGGUGGUUUCAAAUUUGGGUUGUCGGAAGAAACUACGGGCCCUUCCUUCACCUUUGGAAAUGCUUCAUCCAAUACAACAAGCACAUCUACCAGUGAAGGAUUUAACUUUGAACAGCAGCCGGCACUAACUUCGGGUUUCAAGUUUGGCAUUCAGGAUGGUAGUAAAAUCUCUCCAACCAAAGCUGAAGAGCCAAAAGAAGCUUCCACAACACUUUCUCUUAAAACUACUGCUGAUCACAAAAAGAAUGCAUCAGAAAAAGCACCAUCUGAUUUAAAGGUAAGCAGCAGCAAGCAAAAUGAUUUUGUCUUUGGUGAGAACACGAGCACUUUCACAUUUGCUGAUCUAGCAAAAUCUUCAAAUGAAAAUGAAUUCCAGUUUGUUAUAAAAGAUCCUCGUUUUAAAGGGUUUUCAGGAGCAGGAGAGCAGCUCUUCUCAUCACAGAAAUCGAAAAUGACUCCCAAGACUGAUUCUUCUGAACAUGAUGAAGACGAGAUGUAUAAAACUGAGGAAAAUGACAAUAUCCACUUUGAGCCUAUAGUUCAAAUGCCAGAAAAGGUCACAAUUGUGACAGGUGAAGAAGAUGAAGAAUUGCUGUAUUCACAGCGAAUUAAAUUAUUUCGGUUUGACCCAGACACAAGCCAGUGGAAAGAACGAGGUGUUGGUAAUUUGAAAAUUCUUAAAAAUUCUUGCAAUGGUAAAUUGCGUAUAUUAAUGCGACGAGAUCAGGUGUUUAAGGUGUGUGCAAAUCACUGGAUCACAACAACAAUGAAUUUGAAACCAUUAUCUGGAUCAGAUCGUGCGUGGAUGUGGCUAGCAAAUGACUUUUCAGAUGAUGAUGCUAAAUUGGAACAGCUUGCAGCCAAGUUUAAAACCCCAGAAUUAGCAGAGGAAUUCAAACAGAAAUUUGAUGAAUGUCAGAGAUUACUGUUAGAUAUACCUUUGCAGACUCCUCAUAAACUUGUAGACACAGGAAGAACAGCCCAUCUUAUACAGAAAGCUGAAGAAAUGAAAGCAGGCCUUAAAGAUAUGAAAACAUAUUUAACAGAUCGACAGGUAAAACUAACCGAUGAGGAAAGCAGCAUUACUUCAUGUUCUGCUUCUGGAUUGGUAAUAAAACCCCAUUCAGAAAGCACAGGCCCUACUUUGGAAUGGGACAACUAUGAUUUACAAAGAGACGCAUUGGAUGAUAGCAUAGAAAGCUCUGUGUAUGAAUCUCCCUCUGCAAGCAGUCCAGUUAGAAAAAAUCUUUUCCGCUUUGGAGAAUCUACAGCAGGAUUUAGUUUCAGUUUUAAUCCACCCCUGAAUACCUCAAGGUCUUCAAAGUCUCCUGCUAAGUUAAAUCAUAGCAGAGUAUCUGUAGGCACAGAUGAAGAAUCAGAGGUAGGGCAAGAUGAAGAACGUGAUGGACAGUAUUUUGAACCUGUUGUUCCUCUGCCUGAUCUAAUUGCUGUUUCAACUGGUGAAGAAAAUGAGCAGGUUAUCUUUAGCCAUAGGGCAAAACUUUACAGGUAUGAUAAAGAUGCUGGACAGUGGAAGGAGAGAGGCAUUGGAGAUGUAAAGAUUUUACAAAACUAUGAUACAAAACGAGUCCGUGUAGUGAUGAGAAGAGAUCAAGUAUUAAAACUGUGUGCCAAUCACUGGAUAACUCGCAACAUGAAAUUAGAGCCUAUGAAAGGAGCUGAAAGAGCAUGGGUGUGGACUGCUCAUGACUUCUCAGAAGGAAGUGCAGAAGUGGAGCAUCUUGCAGUGCGGUUUAAACUGCAAGAUGUUGCAGACACUUUUAAGCAAGUAUUUGAUGAAGCUGUACAUGCUCAUGAAAAGGGAACCCUUAUCACACCACAGUCAUCAAGAGAGAGUACACCUAAAGAAUCACCUUGUGGUAAAAUAGCUGUAGCAGUGCUCGAGGAAACUACAAGAGAAAGGACUGAUGUAAAUCACAAUGAUGAAGCUUCUGUCUCUUCUUCCUCCAAACUAGAUGACAGCCAUGGUUCAGGAACACCAACUAAAACUGUUGUUUCACCUCCAAAAUUUGUAUUUGGCUCUGAAUCUGUAAAAAGCAUUUUUGGUAAUGAAACAAGUAAACCAUUUACGUUUGGGAACACCUCCGCAACAAAAUCAUUGUUUGGGUUUAGUUUCAGCACGCCAGCAAAGAACAGUACAGCCAGUGAUGAAUUAGAAAGUGGUUUAGAUAUAAAGACUGCUAAUUCUUCUGAUGUCCCUGAAUCAAGCAAGAAACCUUCAGGUGGUUCAGAUAAAAGUUUCCAUGCUCCUUCACCAACAGGGGAAUCCUUUACAACUGCAACUUGGGCACGGGACAGAGAAACCGAACGUUAUAAGAACAAGGAACCAAUAUCAGAUGACGUACAGAUCAUUUAUGAGCGGAUGCCAACUCCAGAGCAGAAGGUUCUUGCUGAAAGGCUUCAGUUGCCUCCCACGUUCUUCUGUUAUAAGAACACACCUGGUUAUGUUAGUGAUGAGGAUGAUGAUGAAGAUUUUGAGAUGGCUGUCAAGAAGCUGAAUGGAAAGCUGUACCCAGAGAGCACUGAAAGCCAGCAAGCUGUGGGAGCACAGAAAUCUGAAACCGAAUGUAUUGUACUCUGGGAAAAGAGGCCAACACCAGAAGAGAAGGCAAAGGCUGACCAUCUGAAACUUCCUCCUACGUUUUUCUGUGGUGUCUCUAGUGAUGCUGAAGAUGAAAAGGAUUCUCAAGAAGACUUUGAGUCUGAAGUUAGGAAAGUUAAAGAAGCUCAGGAAGCACAGGAGAAUAAUGUGAGCAGCUCUACUGAUGUGACCCAAAAAAGCAGCGGUUCUUUGGCUUGUUCCACAGCACCAUGUAGUCAGUCUGAAGCAAAGGCAGACUCUAGCAGCGAUUUUGCACAGAAUGUGCAUUCAUCACCUGCACUGGAUGAAAAACCAAUUGAUUUAUCAUCUAAAAAAAUAGAGCCAGAUUCCACCACCCAAGUGAAUGAAAAUGAGUCUCAUUUUGGAUUCUGCUCCUCCUCUGUGUUGUCAUUUGCUGAGUUAGCUGCUGAGACUUCUGGUGAAUUUGCUUUUGGAAAGAAGGAUGCAAACUUUACUUGGACUGAUGCAGGUGCAUCAGUGUUUGAAUCAAGUACGGCAAACAGAAGACAUGAAGAUGCAAACAGUGAUGAUGAAGUUGUGACUAAUGAAGAGAUUCAUUUUGAGCCAAUUGUUCAUUUGCCAGAGGUUGAAGUGCGAUCAGGUGAGGAAGAUGAAGAGAUUAUUUUUAAGGAGAGAGCAAAGCUUUACCGUUGGGAUAGAGAGAGCUCAUCUUGGAAAGAACGUGGUGUUGGAGAUCUCAAAAUACUGUUUCAUUCACAAAAGAGAUGCUAUCGUGUUGUAAUGAGACGAGACCAAGUUUUGAAAGUGUGCGCUAACCAUCUUAUUACAACCAAAAUGGAACUGAAGCCCUUGAAUACAUCAAAUAAUGCUUUUGUCUGGAGUGCAACAGAUUAUGCUGAUGGCUCAGGAAGGAUGGAACAGCUAGCUGCCAAAUUCAAAAUACCAGAUUUGGCCAGUGCUUUUAAGGAAAAAUUUGAAGAAUGUCAGAGAAACAUGUCAAAGUUGGGUCAAGAGCAACUUUCCAAAGCAGCACAGCUCUCCGUGGAGACUAAUCCGGUGGUAUAUUUUGAUGUUUCUUGUGAUGAUGAACCUCUUGGUCGAUUCACUGUGGAGCUUCUUUCAAAUAUUGUUCCUCGGACUGCUGAGAAUUUUCGGGCAUUAUGCACUGGAGAAAAGGGCUUUGGAUUUAAGAACUCCAUUUUCCACAGAAUAAUUCCAGAAUUUGUUUGUCAGGGAGGUGACAUCACAAACCAAGAUGGCACUGGUGGCAGAUCUAUAUAUGGAGGAGUAUUUGAAGAUGAAAAUUUUGAUGUGAGACAUACAGGACCUGGAAUAUUGUCAAUGGCAAAUACUGGUCGAGACAAAAACAGUUCACAAUUUUUCAUUACACUUAAAAAAGCAGAACACUUGGAUUUUAAACAUGUGGCUUUCGGCUUUGUAAAAGAUGGUAUGGACACUGUUAAAAAAAUAGAGACUUUUGGUUCAAAAUCUGGAACACCAAGUAAAAAAAUUGUAGUAACUGACUGUGGUCAGCUUCAGAAAUCUUAACGUUACUCUAGCGACUUGUGUAAACAAUUCAAAUCUUAGCAGUAAGGAAAGAUCCAGCUACUGUCUGUGUUCUAUAAAUGUAAGGUGUAUAAAUGUAAAUGGGAUUAGUUCUUCAAACUUUGAUUUUAAUUAUUACAUUUAAGUGUUUGCAUGUUGUGAAAUAAGUGAAAAUAAAAAUGUAAUUAGUAUAUUUUC